AUGGACUCGCCGGAAGCUGAAGACCAGCGCCGACUCUCGGGGUCCAUCGAGCAGCUGCUAGAGACGCUGGUGGACUUCAUCCAGCAUUUCGAGCCAGCCGGACUAGUGUCUAAAGUGCUGAAGCUGUUGUUCGCUGCACUCACCUACCUUAACAUUACAGCGACCGGCGAGUGGCCGAGUCAAAGCAUCGUUCAUGAUGGAGAUCACUUUGACAUCAUCAUCGUGGGCGGCGGCACGGCGGGGUGUGUGCUGGCGAACCGGUUGACUGAGGUCUCGGACUGGAGGGUGCUGCUGAUCGAGGCCGGCGGAGACCCGCCCAUUCUUGGCGUUAUACCCGGGUUAUGGCCAUUCGUCACUCACUCCCCCUGGGACUGGGACUAUUAUUCCGAAGACGACGGUUAUUGCUCACAAGCUCUCAACUUUAAAAAAGUUGCACAAUCUCGCGGCAAAAUGCUUGCUGGGUGCUCGUCUAUGGAUCAUCUUAUAUAUGAAAUGGGCUCAAAAGCGGACUUCGAGGAUUGGGUUGAAGCUGGCAGCGACGAAGGCUGGCGCUGGGAUAACAUGCUCAAAUAUUUCAAGAAGGCUCAAAACAUGCUAGACGAGUCCCUCCUCCACGGACCUACAGCUGAGUUCCACUGCAGCAAGGGACCGUUAAGCGUCAAGAAUCACACUGUUAACAGCCUGUUCUUAGAAAAAAAUAAAAUCAUGCUUGAUGCAUAUGAGGACAUCGGCAUGAAAACCAUAAGGGAUCCUCUGAGGUCAAAUAUUUUUGGAACUUACGAAAUACAAUUCAAAAUCACUAAAGAUUCAAAGAGAGCUAGCACUGCUGUGGAGUACUUGAUCCCUAUUAGAAAAAGAAACAAUUUCUUUUUGCUUAAAAACAGUUUAGGUACUAAAAUAUUAUUUAAUGAUAAUAAGGAAGCCAUAGGAGUAAGAGUAAAAACCUCUGAUCAGGAAAUAACUGUUUACGCUGACGUUGAGGUGAUCGUUUCCGCCGGUGCAUUCAACUCCCCGCAACUGCUGAUGGUGUCCGGAAUCGGUCCUAAAGAACACCUGGAGAGUCAUGGCAUAGAAGUCAUAGCAGACCUACCUGUUGGCCAAGGAUUGAGAGAUCAAUUAAUAGUUCCCCUGGUCAUAAGCGGAAAGCAUAAUAUUGCGUCUGCUAUGGACACUGUUUUAUCGUUAACUGAGUUGACUAGCUUUCCAUUACCUAUUGUUGCCGCGAUCCUGAUGAUAUCGGCAUCAGCGCAGCGACUUGUUCAGAUACAAGAUUCUAAAUAUUUUUCGGAAGCCGGUGGUGGGUUUAUACGACCUCCCCUGCCGGAAUGUGAUGCGUUAAAAUAUCAAAGUGAUGAGUAUUGGCAGUGCUACGGGAGGGUUCUCUCCACGGCCGGGUUCCAUCCGGCCAGCACCUGUGCGAUGGGCAGAGUGGUGGACGGAAGCCUGAGAGUGAGACACGUGUCGCGGCUCCGCGUGGUGGACGACAGCGUCAUGCCCUCGCUGCCGACCGCCAAGGUUGGUGUCGUCACCAUCGCGAUGGCUGAAAGAGCAGCGGAUCUUAUCAAAAAACACCACGGUAAGACAGAAGGCUACAAACAUUUCCCUUGUAAAUAA